CUCGUCUGCGCCUGCGCGGCCUGCUUCACCUUCCCUCAGUGCGACCUGCAGGGCCUCAGAGGAGACGUUGGUCGCCAUGUGGCGAGGGAAAGGGGGCCAGAGGCGGCCCCCGGGAGCCGAAAAUGCCUCGCCACCCCCGGCUUUGGAGUUCCCCGACGACCAGGCCGCGGGCCCGCAGUUCGACGAUUCUGAUUGGCCUACAGAGCUUCGAGGUUUAAAUGGUUCUCAAAAGAUAAUGAACAUAACAUCGUCAUUUGCCAACCAGCUACUUCUUGUUUCUCUACUAGAACAUCUUUGCCACAUCUACGCACAAGAUCCUACGCGCUCUAGACGCCUGUUUCAAUUACUGUGUAAGACAUUUACUCAAAUGCGCUUGCUAUCUGAUUUUGCUGUAUGUGAAGAAUUUAGUAGUCUGAGACUGCAGCAUAAUAGGGCCAUUGCCGCAUUAAUGAAAGCAGCGAACAAACAAAUACUAAAUGAGGAGUUUGGUAAUGGUAAUCCAUGCACAAACAGUAGGGAAAGUAUUCUUUUUGAAGCACAGACUUCUCGCUACAUUAAUGAAUUCGAUGAGAUUUCAAGACUUGGAAAAGGAGGAUAUGGAACAGUAUACAAGGUCAGAAACAAGCUCGAUGGUCAGUUCUAUGCAAUUAAAAAGAUUCUUAUUAAGAAGGCCACCAAAAGAGACUGCAUGAAGGUAUUACGGGAAGUGAAAGUGUUGGCUGGGCUGCAGCACCCAAACAUUGUAGGUUACCACACUGCAUGGAUGGAGCAUGUUCAACCGACAUGCAUGAAAGGUGAACCAAACCUAAAUCUGCCAUCACUCAAAGUGUGUUCUGAGCAAGGAAGUUCUGUAGAUCCAUGCUGUGAUCAGGAUAUGGAAGACAGCAGUUCCAUUGUCUUUGCCGACCUCAACCCUGAAGAUUCUGUUGACGGAAAUUCUGAAAAAAACGCUGUACACAAGUUGCACAAAAACAGCUUCUCAAAUGACAGUUCUGGUGUUUUAAAAUACAAUGAAACCCCUGCAUCAGUUGUGCCUCACCGUGAUAAGGAUCGACACAACAUGAACACAAAUGAUUCUUACAGUGAUGAACAAUCAUCCCAGAAAGGGGUUUCUUUGCUGCAGCAAUGUGAGAUGGAGUAUCAUCUGAUGCUUCACAUACAGAUGCAGCUGUGUGAAAUAUCAUUGUGGGACUGGAUUGCCGACCGAAAUCAAAGCUGUUUCAAAGCAGAGGAUGCUUCCAGUCCAUAUCACCACGUAGACAAUCAAGGGACAUUAAAAAUCUUCCAAGAGCUACUUGAAGGAGUGUAUUAUAUCCACAGUAUGGAAAUUAUGCACCGGGAUAUUAAACCCAGAAAUAUCUUUCUACAAGGAUCUGACUACCAUGUGAAAAUAGGUGACUUUGGGCUGGCCUGUAGAGACAUUAUACAAGAAGAUCCAAUCCACUUGCUAAGUGCAAAGAAGAGAACGGAACUAAUGCAUACAUCUGGAGUUGGCACUUGCUUGUAUGCUUCACCUGAACAACUAGAAGGUUCUCACUAUGAUGUUAAGUCAGAUAUGUACAGCUUGGGUGUCAUCCUGUUUGAGCUUUUCCAGCCAUUUGGAACUGAAAUGGAGAGAACUAAAGUUUUGAUGGACUUAAGGAAUAGCAACAUUCCCCUCUCUUUUAGCAGUAAAUGGCCAGUACAGACCAAAUACAUUAAGCUGCUAACCAGCCUCAAAUCUUCAAACAGACCAACUGCUGCUCAACUUCUUGAAAGCGAACUAUUCCAUAACACAGCAAAUGUUAUUUGCAGUCUGCAACAGAAAGUAAUACAGCAAGAAGAAGAAAUCAGGUUGCUUAAAGAAAGAGUCCAGCUAUUGCUGCAAGAGAAAGAGGAAAGACACAGGAGUCAGGAACUCGGCUCUCCUGUUUAAACCAGAUAACUAUAUUUAUAUGGUGCUUUGAAAGAUGUUCUAAUUUUU